AUGGCGCGCGUAAUCCUCCUCGCCGCCGCACUGGCGCGCUCGGCCACGGCGCUGCGCCCCGCCGUGCCGCGCAUGGCCUCACGGCAGCGCCCCGCCCCGCUGCGCAUGGCCUUCACCCCAGGCGUAGACAAGACUGAUGAAAAAGUAACUAUCGUGGGAGCGUCUGGUUACAUCGGCAAGGCCGUGGUCCGGGAAUGUGUCCGAAGGGGCUAUGAUACGACGGCCGUCACGAGGCCUCAAAGCUCGUUGACGUUCGACGGCGCGACCACCGCGCGGGCCGAGAGCGAAAACUUAAAUGACAUCACGCAGUGCUUCAAGGACGCCCAGACCCAGGUCGUCAUCUGCUGCUUGGCGUCGCGCAGCGGCACGGAGGCCGAUAGUCUGAAGGUCGAUUACGAAGCGUCUGUUAAUUGCCUUAAAGCAGCGCAAGCCUGUGGCGCGAGACAUUUUGUCCUCCUGUCGGCCUUUUGCGUCGCGAAGCCCGACCUGGGCUUUCAAGUAGCUAAAUUAAAAACGGAAGCCGCGCUCAAGAACCAGGAUCAAGUGACGUGGACGUCCGUGAGACCGACCGCGUUCUUCAAGUCGCUGAGCGGCCAGGUCGAGAUUGUCCGAGGCGGCGGGCCCUUCGUCUACUUCGAUCUGGGUGGAGGUAGAAGUGCGACGUGCAACCCCAUUUCUGAAGCGGACUUAGCUAUGGCGAUCGUCGACUGCGUCGCGGACCCGUCUAGAAGCUCAAACGGAGGCGAGCCCAUCUGGAACGUGGGCGGGCCGGAUGCGGGCGUGUCCAUGAAGCGCCAGGGCGAGCUCAUCGCGGACGCGAUCGCGGCCGUAGAUGGCGGCGAGCGCAAGGAACCCUGGUUAUUACCGGUGCCCAUCGGGGUGUUCGACGGGAUUGUGGGUGCCAUCAAGUGGGUCUAUGAUUUGACCGGGGCCGACUCUGUUAGAGAUGCUUGGGAGCUCGGGAAGAUCGGGCGCUAUUACGCCGUCGAGGACAUGCUCACGACGGCUGACGCGGAGCGCUACGGCGCGAUGUCACUCAGGGAGCACUACGAGAACGUCGCGAAGAACGGCCAGGAGUACGACCCCUAUACCACGGUAUUUGCGAAGAACCCGCUGAUCAAGUAA